UCUCCGCCCUCGCCCGGGAGCUGCGAGGCUGCGGGAGCGGUGCCGCAGUAGCCGCCUCUGCCACCGCCGAGCGGUUCUCCCGUCCUCAGCUGUAGCUGAGCUGCGCCCGUAGCCCGGCCGAGGAGGCUGCAGCUGCAGCCAGGAGCCCGCAGCCCCCGCCUCCAGCCCGCCGUCGCCCCCCGAGGGCGCCCCAGGCCGCGCCAUGGUGAAGGUGACGUUCAACUCGGCUCUGGCUCAGAAGGAGGCCAAGAAGGACGAGCCCAAGUGCGGCGAGGAGGCACUCAUCAUCCCCCCAGAUGCCGUCGCGGUGGACUGCAAGGACCCAGAUGAAGUGGUACCAGUUGGCCAGAGAAGAGCCUGGUGCUGGUGCAUGUGCUUUGGACUAGCAUUUAUGCUUGCAGGUGUCAUUCUGGGAGGAGCAUACCUGUACAAAUACUUUGCACUUCAACCCGAUGACGUGUACUACUGUGGAAUAAAGUAUAUCAAAGAUGAUGUCAUCUUAAACGAGCCUUCUGCAGAUGCCCCGGCUGCUCGCUAUCAGACAAUUGAGGAAAAUAUUAAGAUCUUUGAGGAAGAUGAGGUUGAAUUCAUCAGUGUGCCUGUCCCAGAAUUUGCAGACAGUGAUCCUGCCAACAUUGUUCAUGACUUCACCAAGAAACUCACAGCCUAUUUAGAUCUUAAUCUGGAUAAGUGCUAUGUGAUUCCACUGAACACUUCCAUUGUUAUGCCACCGAGAAACCUGCUGGAGUUACUUAUUAACAUAAAGGCUGGAACCUAUUUGCCUCAGUCCUAUCUGAUUCAUGAACACAUGGUUAUCACUGAUCGCAUUGAAAACAUUGAUCACCUGGGUUUCUUUAUUUACCGACUGUGCCAUGACAAGGAAACUUACAAACUGCAACGCAGAGAAACCAUCAGAGGUAUUCAGAAACGUGAAGUCAGCAAUUGUGUUACAAUUCGGCAUUUUGAAAACAAAUUUGCUGUGGAAACUGUAAUUUGUCCUUGAACAGUCAAGAAAAACAUUAAUGGGAGAAAAACUUAAUAUCGCAGCAUAACCCCCUACCCUUUGUAUUUUGUGCAGUGAUUAUUUUUUAAGAUCUUUCAUGUAAGUAGCAAACAGGGCUUCACGAUCUUUUCAUCUCAUUAAUUCAAUUAAAACCAUUACCUUUUAAAAAUCUUUCCUUCUUUCCAAGUGUGGUGUCUUUUAUCUUGAAUUAGUAGUUGUAUGAAGUCAUAGAUAAUACUACACUUCACCAUAGAUCUUAUGUGUUAGGAAGAAUUUAAAUUUCUUUGAAUCGUUUAUCCAGAUUUUUGUGUUUGAAUUAAUGCAUUUUCCAGAGGAGGGAUUAUCUAAAGAAUAAUCAUAUAUAUGCAUACGUAAAAAUGGACCAUAGUGACUUAUUCGUAGUUGUUAGCUGCCCUGCUACUUAGUUAGAGCAUUUGAGCACACAUUUUAAUUUUCCUCUAAUUAAAAUGUGCAGUAUUUUCAGUGUCAUAUUUAACUAUUUAGAGUAUGAUUUCCACCUUGAUGUUUUAAUAUCCUAGACAUCUGCUGUAAUAAUAUUUUAGAAAAUGUUUGGAAUUUAAGAAAUAACUUGUGUUACUAAUUUGUAUUACCCAUAUCUGUGCAAUGGAAUAUAAAUAUCACAGAGUUGUUUGACUAAAGGACUGUGUGUUGUUUUUCCCAUAUAACAAAACCAAAGAGUUAUUUGGUUCUUUAUAUCUUAAGAUAAUCCAUGUAAAAAAAGUAUUUCUUAAAAGUUCAGUUCACUAUUACGGUGGGUAAAAUUGUAGAUUUUUAAAAAAUAAAAACAAGCUUUUAAAAUAA